AUGCUACUGGACGCCGGCCCGCAGUUCCCGGCCCUCGGUGUGGGCACCUUCGCCCGGCAUCACCACUCGGCCGCGGCGGAGAUGCAGGACCGGGAGCUGAGCCUGGCAGCGCAGAACAGCUUCGUGGACUCGGCAGCGGCGCACAUGGGCGCCUUCAAGCUCAACGCCGGCGCCCACGACCUCUCCCCCGGGCAGAGCUCGGCGUUCACAUCGCAGGCGCCCGGCUACCCCGCCGCUGCCCUGGGGCCCCACGCCGCUCACGUCGGCUCCUACUCCGGGGCACCCUUCAACUCCACUCGGGACUUCUUGUUUCGCAGCCGUGGCUUCGGGGACUCGUCGCCGGCCGGCGGGCAGCACGGCAUCUUCGGCCCUGCGGCCGGCAGCCUGCACCACCCGCACACGGACGCUCAGAGCCACCUCCUCUUUCCAGGCAUUCACGACCAGCACGGCCCCCACGCCUCCCAAAACGUCCUCAACGGGCAGAUGCGCCUGGGCUUGCCGGGGGAGGUGUUCGCCCGGUCGGAUCAGUACCGCCAGGUCUCCAGCCCCAGGACUGACCCGUACUCGGCGGCUCAGCUGCACAACCAGUAUGGCCCCAUGAAUAUGAAUAUGGGCAUGAACAUGGCAGCCCACCACCAUCACCACCCAGGUGCCUUUUUCCGCUACAUGCGGCAGCAGUGCAUCAAGCAAGAGCUCAUCUGCAAAUGGAUCGACCCUGAGCAGCUGAACAACCCCAAAAAAAGUUGCAAUAAAACUUUCAGCACCAUGCACGAGUUGGUCACCCACGUCUCGGUGGAGCAUGUUGGGGGACCCGAGCAAAGCAACCAUGUCUGCUACUGGGAGGAGUGUCCCCGGGAAGGCAAGCCCUUCAAAGCGAAAUACAAACUGGUCAAUCAUAUCCGAGUGCACACGGGAGAGAAACCCUUCCCCUGCCCCUUCCCCGGCUGCGGAAAAGUUUUCGCCAGAUCAGAAAACCUCAAAAUUCACAAAAGGACGCACACAGGGGAGAAGCCCUUUCAGUGCGAGUUUGAAGGCUGCGACCGGCGCUUCGCCAACAGCAGCGACCGCAAGAAGCACAUGCACGUCCACACCUCGGACAAGCCCUACCUGUGCAAGAUGUGCGACAAGUCCUACACCCACCCCAGCUCCCUGCGGAAGCACAUGAAGGUGCACGAGUCGUCCCCGCAAGGCUCCGAAUCCUCCCCAGCCGCCAGCUCCGGCUACGAGUCCUCCACCCCCCCGGGGUUGGUGUCCCCCAGCGCCGAGUCGCAGAGCACCAGCAACCUAUCCCCGGCUGCGGCGGCAGCGGCGGCGGCAGCGGCGGCGGCUGUGUCCGCCGUGCACCGGGGAGGCGGCAGCGGCAGCGGCGGAGGCGGUGGCGGCCACAGCGGCCUCUCCUCCAACUUCAACGAGUGGUACGUGUAG